GGAGGAUGACGCUGGGGUCAUUGCUUCUGGCACAUCAGAGAGCAUUGAGUCAUCUUCGCUCUCCAGGAUCUGGAACGAGAAAGGGUAGGUCAAAACCGUACGUGUCUAUUGGGAUUAAGCACCAGCUACAUAUUUGCAAACUCACGAUAACGUGUUGCCCACCAUCCUUAAAUCUGCGCUUGUGGUCCAGGUCUUUGGAAAUGUCAUGGAUAUCUUUGCUUAGAAAACCCAGUCCAUCAUUCUCGUCUUCUUCUUUCAUAAUGCUGCCGCUCUCAGCCGACGUGGCCGGUGUGACGCUUCCGCUGAGACUGCAGGUGCUUGUGGCAGCCCUGCUGACCGAAGCGCUGCUCCGCGUACUCCUCGGUGCGUUGCUAUGCAGGGUGGUCGUGGCGCUGGAGGCUUUGGGUGGAGAAGGUGUCUCAUUGACUUGGCGCGAAGCGCGCAUGGAAAGACGUGAGGAGCGACGGCCCAGCAUGUUGAUGAUGGGGUUUUGGGAUCGCGGGGAACAGGGGCGGUCGCACGGUGGCCCGCAGGUGUCACAACUCGUCGCGGCCAAGGAAGACAAGGCUCGAGAAUCUCCGUACGGCUUGGCGGGGGAUUACACUGUUGAUCAACUACGAGCGUCUACGCGUGAACCCAGCCCUCCCAUGCCGAUGGGUCUCAUAUAGGAGACCAGAUACGAG